AUGCUCCGUUCAGCACUCACAGCUCUGCUCCUCGCAGCUCCAUAUGUCCACGCAACAGCCCUCACAUCAAUGCUGGGAGCGAACGAAAAGUCCUGCUACUAUGCCGACGUGGAUGGUGUCGGGGAGAAGGUCGGCUUUUACUUUGCCGUACAAUCCGGAGGGACAUUCGACGUCGACUAUACAGUCAUGGACCCGGACGACCGGGUGUUGCUUACAGGCAAGAACGAGCGUCAGGGAGAUUAUAUCUUCACCGCCAACAAGAUCGGCGAAUACUCGUUCUGCUUUGAGAACGAAGGGUCGUCGGCGGACAAGCUGCUAGACUUUGACAUAAUGGUGGAAUCAGAACCACGGCGGCAGCUCUCGGCGCAACAACCGGCGUUAAAGGAGCAUACCUCUACCCUCGAGGAGAGCACCUACAAGCUGAGCGGGUUGCUGAGUAGUGUGAUUCGGACACAGAAAUACUUCCACACACGCCAUCACCGCAACUACUCGACUGUACUUUCGACGCAAAGCCGGAUAUUCUGGUUCACGGUUCUGGAAUCUGCCAUGAUUAUCGCCAUGUCACUAAUCCAAAUAUGGGUGCUCAGAACAUUUUUCUCCAAGGGUUCCAAACGAUAUAGCGCAUAG